AAUGAAAGUGACAGGACUAUAUUAUUACUAUAUAUAUGCUGUUAACAGAUCAAACCCAAGAAAGUUUCUGGCUAUAUUAAACUACUGAGAAUGAGUGUCCUUGUAUUGUGUAUGAGCUGCCUGUGUCUAUGGCUAGGGAAGCUCAGUGUACUGGUGUCUGCAGACUAUGUGGUGCAAGUGGAGAUGGUCUCCUACAGUCAUCCAUCCAACACGGUCUCUGAAGGUCAAUGUUGUGAUUCACCAUGGGGAUUCAAUGGUGUAGUACCAUGUAGGGGAGGGGAGCGCUGUGACACCUACUUCAUCUACUGCCUGUUGCCACAUUCCAGUACUGCUACAGAGUGUUCCAAUAAUGAACUUACUACACGCAGUAACGUUAUCUGGAAUGGUGGAGCAGACAUUGAUUUCUCACAACCUACUGUAUUUGGACUCUCUAAUCCGUUCAAUCUGGCUGGAAUAACAACAACCUGGGAGGCCGGAGCUGAGCUUUAUGUAGAAGUGUUUGAUUCUGAUGGCAAUCCAGAUGAUCUUAUUGUGCAGUAUCAAAUUAAUCCAAGUCCCUCAGUUGGAUCAACAAUCACAUUUUCUACCUCAUCAAGUACCAUGACUGCUGCUAUCACUGUGAAUACUACUGUGCUAUGUGCUCCAUUCUACUCCGGAAGCAGUUGUGAGAUUUUCAGUCACUGUGAGUCCAGUGCUGUCACAUGCAGUGAACGAGGAACGUGUACAAACGGCCUUGAUUCCUACACCUGUGUCUGCAAUACUGGCUAUACUGGUGCUGAUUGUGAGGUGGAUAUUGAUGAGUGCUUGCUAAUGGAGAGUGUGUGCAGUGGCCAUGGUAACUGCUCUCAUGGAAUAGCCUCCUUCACCUGCUCAUGUGAUCCUGGCUACACUGGUGCUGAUUGUGAGACUGACAUUGAUGAUUGUGAUGCAAUAAACUGUAGUAGAAAUGGUGGUUGUGUUGACAUGGUGAACAUGUUCCUAUGUGACUGUGAACCUGGCUACACUGGUGCUGAUUGUGAGACCAACAUUGAUGAUUGUGUGAAUAGGAACUGCAGUGGAAAUGGUGUGUGUGUGGAUGGUGUCAACUCGUUCAGUUGUGAAUCGUUGCGUGGUGCUCCAGGGGAUCUGAUAGGAGGAACGGUGGGAGGUCUCCUAGUGCUGAUGCUGAUACUCCUGCUCCUGAUAGUGGUCGUGGUGGUGUGUGUGCGGAGAAGAGCUCAGGGGAAGACCAUUCAAGACACUCACUCGCAAGUUGACAACAUUUCCUACAUUCCAGGAGACAACCCAGUGUAUGGGAUUCCUGAGAACAGGACUAACAGAACAAAUACAAUCACUUCAGAAACAGCAGCAGAGUUUGACAACCCGAUAUAUGGCAGCCAAGAAUCACUCAACGAUGCAGAACUGGUCAAUUCAAUUUAUGGAGAUGCAGAUUUCGAGGACGUACCUUAUGAACUGGCCCCUGCAAUAUCAGACUAUGAAACACCUAGUACCUGUGUAUGACAAUGUACAGAAACUGAGCAGUACAACCAGCUUUUAGUGUUUACUUAAUCAGUACUGCAGUUUAGAUCAAAGCUAUCUAACUGCAGCACUCUAAGUCUUACUUGCCGUCUAUGAAUGGUAACUCAA